AUGCAAUACGUCCGGCUUGGUAACUCUGGGCUUAAGGUCUCUAAGGUAAUUCUGGGUUGUAUGACCUACGGUACCCCAGAAUGGCUGCCAUGGGUCCUCGACUAUGAUUCAGCACUGCCUAUCUUGAAGGCUGCAUAUGACGCCGGCAUCACCACCUGGGAUACUGCCGACAUGUACUCGAACGGUGGAUCCGAACGAGUAGUUGGACGGGCUAUGAAAGAGCUCAGAAUACCCAGAUCAGAGAUUGUCAUCAUGACAAAAGCAUUUUUCCCCACUAUGGACGGCGUUUCCGCAGAGCAGAAGGAAAUCGAGGUAGAGAAAAAGCGGCAAUGGAAUUUGAACAAAGCAGGUCUAAGUCGUGCUGCCCUGUUCCACGCGGUUGACGCUAGUCUAGAGCGACUACAAACCGAGUACAUUGAUGUUCUCCAAAUUCACCGACUCGACGACACCCCAUUUGUCGAGGUAAUGAAAGCUCUUCAUGAUAUCAUUCAAAGCGGAAAAGUACGCUAUAUCGGUGCCAGCAGCAUGUGGAGCCAUGAGUUUGCACAAAUGCAAACCAUUGCUCGACAGAAUGGGUGGACCCAGUUUAUUAGCAUGCAAAAUGAACAUAAUCUUUUGUAUCGGGAGGAAGAACGCGAAAUGAACCGCUACUGCAAAAAGAUUGGGGUCGCUCUCAUUCCAUGGGGUCCACUGGCAGCAGGCGCCCUGACUCGGCCAGUAUCUCAGAUCCAUGGAGCCACCGCGCGGGCUGAGCAGAUCAAGGACAAAAUGGAAAGUCAUGCCAAUGAUCUAGCUGACAUCGAGAUCAUCAAUCGCGUGGAGUCUCUCGCCCAGGAGAAGAAAUGGACAAUGGCCCAGGUCGCCUUCGCGUGGAGUGCCUCCAAAGUUACCGCACCUAUCGUUGGAAUCAGCAAGGUUGAACGGCUUCAAGAGUUUGUCGAUGCAGUUGAUCUGCGGUUGAAAGAUGAAGAAAUUCGGUAUUUGGAGGAACCGUAUCGUCCAAAACCAGUACAGGGGUUCCAGCAAGACCGCACCACUUCUUAG